AUGCAUCGCGAGAUCUUAAUGAUGCAGCUAGCAGUGGUCACCGUUUUAGCCAUUUUCCCUUGCGUUCAUCCAUCGAGUUAUCCACGUGGGUUCUUUCCGGAAGAAACCUGGGAUCACAGUGACGAUGGAAUUCUCGUGGCAUAUUCCCAUCGUUUCAUUCGCUACAAUACUGACUACGAAAUCAUCCUGCAUUCGUUACACCAAUACCGAGGCGCCAAUGUUACGGCGACAUUAUCUGCAGCCGACCGGGCGGUGCAUCGCCACGAAACAAAGGUCGCUGCUGGACGACAAGGAAAAAUUAUCUUUAAGAUUGGUAGCACUCCGCUCGUACAGCCGAUCGUUCUCAAUGUGGCGGUGCGUUAUGACAACGGCGUCUCCGAUAGGAAAUUGAAAACGCUGGAGCUGUUUUCCGACGUACUGGUCCUUAUCCAACUGGAUAAACCCAUGUACAAAGCUACGGAAAGCGUCAAAUAUCGGGUGCUGCUUCUCAACACUAAUGAGCUAACCCUGUCCUCUAAUGUGGAGAAGAUUGACGUGUAUCUAAAAAAUCCCGCUGGAGACGCCAUGCAGGAGCGGAAACAGCAGCAAAGGCUUGAUGUUAAGCAUCCUGGCUAUUUUGAAGGAACCUUUAACCCGUUCAGCUUUGAACCGGAAAUUGGUAACUGGACCGUGGAGGUGGUGGCGGGCAGCCAAAUACAGAGAAAAAAGUUGAUUGUUGCUGACUACUAUCUUUCGCGCUAUUUGGUGUACAUCAACGCACCAGUUUACAUCGUAAAAGGUCAACCAGAUUUCCAGUUCACCGUUGCGUUGAGAGAUCAGGCCGGAAAUCCUGCGUACGGCUCAGUUAUGGCUACCGUCGAGAAUUCAGCGACCGGCAAUCAAGAGCUUCAUUCGCAGGCGGCCAAAGGCCAACCUGUUCCUUUCCGGUGCAACUUCCCUCGUUCGUCUCACGCCAUAAUGUGCUCGGCAUUAAACCCCCAGUCCCGUGUCAUCACCCUCAAAGUCCGCGCGGUCGAAAAUGUGACCAGCCGCGAAGAGUCGGCCGAAGUGAAAAUUCCUUUCCACUGCGACCCAUUCAAACUUCGCAUCCAGGUCCAGUACAACGUCCCGAAAUCCGGCACCGCCACAGCUGUAAUCCACGCCAUUAACCAUGAUGGAUCGCCGUAUCGCCAUUCAGUGGCCUUGCAGCAAGCAGCGAUCACCGCCGUUGAGCGGAAUUUUAAUACGGACAUCACCGCCACGACCACACUCUCUAACGACAAAGUGGUGGAUGUCGAGAAGGGGAUGAUUAGUGUACAGAUGCGAAUGGAUUGGCACGACCGAAAUGCUUCGCCGUCGGUUGACGUGACAGUGGACGGCGUCAGCCAGUCAAAGAAUAUCCAGAAUCGCGGGAAUGCCGGGCUGCGUAUUCUGCUGCUGCAACCGCGCAUGUUCCGUGCCGGCGAAACGAUCGAGUUUGCGAUGAAGUGUGAACCGGGAUGUGAUAGCAUUAAUUAUUCGAUUAUUUCGCCGAAAGGUCUUAUUAUAACCGGUACCGAAAUAAUUCCCCGGCCAGCCAAACAAAGCCGCCCAUUAAGUGUCAUUAUUCCUCCCGAUACACGAACAGGCCUGAAAAUUAUCGCAUUUUCGGCCAGUACCACUGCCGGGGAUAUGGAUAUAGUCACCGACACUGUGGAAGUAAAAGUCACCAGUCCCCAAGACAUCCACAAUAUUACCUUGGACUUCCGUCCGCAAAAUCAACGCGAUUAUGUACUUCCUGGACGCCGGGAAAAGGCCCAAAUAACGGUCACAGCAGCCGCAAAGUCAUUGGUCGGUUUACUGGCCGUUGACAAAAAUCUUCUGCGAUUGGCUACCGGCAACGAUAUCGCACACACCGAUGUGAAUUUUGUUCUGACAAAUCAGUUUACUGGAAUACCUGCUAAUCUGAUAUUGGAAAUAUUUGGCAAGGCAUAA